UUCUUCCCGUUGCCUGAUGUUUUGUGUUCAGUCGUGCUUUAGCAUCGUGCGGUGUUGAGCGUUGUUUGUGUACUUAAGUAAAGCGCGGACAUUCAACGCUAAAACAGACGUUUAUGCGUGUGCGGUGUGCUAAUAUUCACAUUCUAUUAACGAUUUAUUUACAUAACAUUGUUUUGUCUUGCUUUGUGUUGUGCGUUGUUGGAUUAUAAACAUUUUCCAUUUACAACGGGAUCAAUUAGUAAUUGAAGGACUGCAAAAAGAAGAUUUUUAUUGGAUUCCACUUCAAAUCGAUGAUUCAUUCGUCGCCGAAUUGCAAGCAAAACAUUUCGUAAAUGUGGCAAGGAUCCCGUGGUCUUAACCACAACCAGCAGCGGCAUCAGUAUUACGGACCAACACUCGGACCACGUCCGGACCAGACGCCACAAUGCGACAUGGAACACCAUCGUCAAUACCAGCAUCACCACGGUCAUCCGACAGCCGGACCCAGCUCGGAGGAAGUAGUAGGUGGCCGGUGCGCGCCACGCACGCCACCACAUGUACGCCAAGCGUACCUGCAUUUCCCGCCUCCACCUGAGUACCCGCCGCCACGCCGUGCCAUGGCCGAUGAGCAUCUCAUGAGCUUGCCGGCUGGACCGUCGAACAUCGACUACUCGUACGCGUAUUACGAGCCGGGUCCGCCGACACGACACCACAAUGUUCCAAACAGGUAUCUUGGUGGUGCAAGCACAUCCCGCUCGUACCGCGAGGGUUCCUAUCGCGCUAAACACACGUAUCUUACGCGUUAUGGUACUGAGGAGAACAUCUACGAGGAGAUUAGUGAGGUGGCUCGGGCGCGUAUGAGACCCUUGCAUCAAGAGUCCAUCAUGUCGCUGAAUCAAAGCCUUGUUGAGGAGGAAGUGCGUAGCGUUGAGUACCGUCAUCGGCGUGUCCUAGGCGAGUUGAACUUGGCCGUCGAGGCGAUGCUCAUGCCCUCCAAUUCUCAGGAGGGCAGUGAGGGCACUGAGACGGAGGUGGACGAUCAGUUGGCUGACUUGUUGACGGUUGGACCCACCGAUGAACUCCUGUCGCCGGUGCCGUUGGUUGACAUGGACAGUGGUUUUAGUGGUAGUUCUAGCGGCGCGAGUUAUCGUAGUGCUAUCGGUAGUUUGCGGCGUGGCGAACGACCCAAGUCGUCGGCCGCUGCGCUGCCCAGGACUUCUACGCCUUCCGAACCGCCGACGCCUAACAAGGGCUUCUGGAAGAAGGGGUGGACCAAGAAGUUGGGGUUUUCAAGCACAAGCCUUAACAAACAGAAAGACAAAGAUGAGCCAAGAGUUCGUUCGGGCGUUUGGGAAGACUCAACAUGUGAGCGCAGAAUGGUGCCGCCGCUCAUGCACAAUCGGUCACUGCAGCAUUCGGCGUCACAACGCAGCUCUGAAGAUAGCUGGUGUUCGGGCUCGGAACAGGAUAUCUCGUCUGACGAGGAAAGCGAACGCAGUAGCACUUCGAUUAGCCGCCACAAUGGCCAAUUGAGAAGUACAUUCAGCAAAGCACGCACGCUCUGUGACAAAUUGCGUGGCAGCGGUGGACUUGGUGGCGGGCCCAAAAUGAGCAUGGAAUCGUCCACGAUGCCGCUGGAUGCGGUCACGACAAACGUUGGAUCACAGGGGCGUCUUCUGUCGCGGUUAUUUAGUAUGCGACGCGGCUCGUCGCAUCAAUAUGACAUCGAUAAUAGUGGCGCCGAGUCACCGACUCGGUCGCAGUCCGCAGGCACCAAGCAAAUGCCGCAACUGCAAGAAGUUGAGGAGGAAACGUCCUUUCUGAACUGCAUGCCGCAACAGCGGCGUCUCAUUCCACCUUCGCUACCGCCGCCUCCGCCAGAUCUCACACCACCGCAGAUCAAACGUCGUGCAAUUAUUGCCGCCAUAGUGCACAGCGAGAAUUCGUACGUCGCAACAUUACAUAAACUGGUCAACGAUUACAAGAAGCCGCUUGAGGAUAGCUCGCCACCCAUUCUCAGCUCAUCUAAGAUAGCAACCCUUUUUUAUAAACUGUCCGAAAUUCUACAGUGCCAUACGCUUUUUCGCGUGGCGUUAGCCGAAAACGUCAAGAAUUGGGAUAGGGAUGAACGCAUCGGAGACGUGUUUUUUGCGUCGUUUUCGAAAGCGAUCGUUCUAGAUAUUUACAGCGGGUUUAUCAACAAUUUUUCUGUGGCUAUGGAUCUCGCCAAGAUGGAGGCAAAGAGGAAGUCAGCAUUAGCCGAUUUUUUCAAGGUGAAACAAAUAAGCUCAAAUGAUAGGCUAUCAUUUUUUGGAUUAAUGGUUAAACCGGUUCAGAGAUUUCCUCAAUUUAUACUUUUUCUACAAGACUUACUCAAACAUACACCGCAAGGACAUCACGAUCGAAUGUCUCUGCAGUUGGCCCUUACUCAAUUGGAAUCUCUUGCGGAGAUGCUCAAUGAGAGGAAAAGGGAGGCCGAACAAUUCCAGGCUUUCAAAGAAAUGCUGCGUCACAUCAGCGGCAAAUUUUCAUCGAGACCACUCUCUGAUGGCAAUCGGUACCUAUUACGAGAGGAUAACGCAACACAAUUGGAAUUUAAUCAAUGCGGUUUAAUCACAAAAGCCAAACGACGCCGCCUACUUUUGCUUAAUGACUUGGUUGUGUGCGUGUCUGUGGCAGCGCGUUCAAGCGAUGAUUUUGGCGUUAGCGAACGCUUGAGUUUAAAAUGGAUGUAUCCAGUGACUGAUGUUGAAAUACAGGACACCAUAUCGUCUCCAAAUUUGACGCGUAUUCUUUCUUCUGGUACAAAUAAAAAUGGCAGUCUCAAGUCAAACGCAUCAUUCGAUGGAACUCAGCCGCAAGUGGACAAUAUUGCCACGGAGAUGAGUAAUCUGAUGCAUGACUACGAGGUACUGUCUCGGAUUGCUGAACUGGCUGGUUCGUUGCGAGGCACUUACAAGGAGAUCAGUGCUGAUACCACCAAAAAGAUAUUGCAUCAAAUUCAGAGUUCAAUUCAGCACAAGGACGAAGAGAUGGCGUGGGUUGAUUCGUGCUGCUUGCAAAUCAUUGUCAAAUCGAAGGGCAAAGAGGAGACGUUUACUUUCCAGACGGAUAAUCCGGGCAUUAAGAAGGAAUGGGUUACGGAAUUGCGGCUAGCGCAAUUAGCGUUAGAUCCGAGCAAUUCGCCUGCGUGGGAAGUUCCCGAACAAGAGCUUCGACCUAGUACGAAGUUGCCACUGUUCGUCAAAUCACAGUCGGUGUUCAAAUCGCAGCAUCAAACCGAGGUGCGCUGCGGAUGUUACUACACAACAUACACACCGAAAGUGAGUUCGCGGAGAAGAAACAAGUAUCAAAGUUAUUUGUGGGUGUGCACAACGGAUGGCGCAAGUUCGCAUAUUGCCAUCUUGUCUCAACACGCGCAACAAUCGGGCGCGCUGAAGGAAAUUUGUUCAUUUUCGCUUGUUGAAACGCAGGUCACUGCUAUUGAAUUUGUGAAAGGCAGUUCAUCACCAUGUCCGAUUCUUGCUACCGAUACUGUAUGGAUGGGUACUAGCAGCAGAAAAGUGAUACUUUAUUCGGCCGACGAACCAGAACUGCAGCAGGAACUCGCACAUUGCUCUGUGAAUGAUAGCAUCGUGCAAAUAAAAUAUCACUGUGACAAUGUGUUUGUUGCUCUAAACAACGGCACAUUGCUGAUAUAUAGACGAAAUCCGAUUGAUGGCUCCUGGAUACUGAAAGAUCCGCAAGUUAAAGUUUUAGGUGGCGACCCGGUGUCGAGUUUACUACCGAUAAAUCUCUGCCUGUACGCCGCUUGCGGUAAAAAGGUCUGGGUCUUAAACGGCAUUAGUGGAGAAAUACAGAAGGAUUUCAGCGUUCAGCAUGAGCACGUUGGCAAUGUAAAUCUGAUGGCGCAUAGUGGCGUCGGUUUAUGGAUAUCGCUUAAAAAUUCAAGCACGAUCUGCCUUUACCAUACCGAAACAUUUAAGCACCUACAGGACAUAAACAUUGCAUCCAAUGUUAUGCGCGUUACAACAAACGGGUCCAGUAAUGAUUGUCUCAACAACAAUCGAUCACAUGUUAAUGUCACUUCAUUAUUGGCUUGCAAAGGUCUUCUAUGGGUGGGCACGAACGUCGGGAUUUGCUUAACUAUCCCACUCCCACGUUUAGAAGGGGUACCAAUUAUAAGCGGUCGCGUAAACAUCUCAUAUCACGCACACUUCGGACCAAUAUCAUUUCUCAUUGCACUGCAACCAAAGAAUUAUGUAAAUUAUACAAAGAUAGAUGACAAUGAGAACGUGCAAGCGACUAAGCCGACUAUUGAGAAACAACUAUCAGAUACAGAGGGCACUGCCAAACUUAGACACCAUUUAACUAAUAGUCCAGUCGUUUUGCGGCGAAGACGGUCGAAGGAAAAUGAGAUGAGAUUGUUUAAAACAUUGCCACGCGGUCUCGGCAGUGGCGCGUCCAAGUUUUCAACAAGCACCACAUCCAGUCAGGGUUCAGGUGAUACCUGCGACGUAUAUGGGUUAUACGGUCAACUCAUGUAUGUUAAGGAUUAUGACGGCGAAGACCACAUCGCGGACCAAGUGUACGAACCGUUACGAAGAUCUGAUCCGGAACUUGCAGCAAUUCCAGCGAAAGUGAGUACGCUAGACAGAAGACUGAAAAUGAAAGUAAGCCGGCCGCGUUCUCUGGAUCUUUCUAAUUGGUCGGUGGAUUCGAGAAGUUCGAGUGUAUACACUUCCUCUGGGAGUGAAGAGAGCAUGGCUCGCAACUUGGGACGCAGCGUCUCUCGCAACAAUUCGAAUGUAAGCAGACAAUUAGAUGGCGUUGAAGAAGUGGAAGAAAAACCGAAGAACACUAGUAAUAACAACACCAAUUCCAAGACUUUGAUUCGUAAUAAUCCACUAGAUAGCCGCAGGACCGUUAUAACCAUUAUGGGUGGCAGAGGAUAUGUUAAUUGGCGACAGCCGUGUUGUUCGGCGGACAAGAAUAAACAUGGUAGUCUUCUUGGACGCAACAGUAAUGACGCUCACAUUGUUAUUUGGGAACUGAAAUUGUGAUGUACUCCAUUAUAAUUAAUUCGUACACAUACUACUUAUAUUAAACGAUUGUGAGUAGGAACAUAGUCCAACUGUCCACACACAAUUUGCGUAAUAUAUUCGUUAUUUAUUUCGUUUUAUCUUAUAAGGAUUUGAGUAAAUAUAUAUAAUAAACUGCAUCUUGUUAUUUAUAUUAAGGGAAAUAACGCAAGACCAUUUAGAAAUGUGUAAAUACAUUAGAUUAUUAUCUUACUUCAAAUUUUAACUCUUCUUCGUUUAUAUCGCCAGUAAUAUUUGGAAACAUCUUUACAUGUAUUUGUUUUAUAUGUUUAUAAUUUAUUUUUUAAUUAAAUGUUUUUCAUUUGUCCAA